AUGUCUCGACUAGGAGAUUUUGAUUAUCUAUGCGGUACUGAAGUCACGCUUGAACAUUCUUCCCCCUCACCUAGUGCGACGUUUGUCCUCGAUGAUAUAUUGUCCGAAGAAUUCCAAAUCAUGACACAGGAAGAAUUUGAUGAUGACCUCGGCCAUCCGUUUACGGCACUCAAGUUCUCAUGCCAUAACCUCCUCGACCCCACCCAACAGGGCUUUAUACGGUUCUACUAUCAAAUUCCGAUUGACGGUACUAUUUAUCACUCCCCCCAAGCUCUCACUCAGCAUACCCACGCGGAAGUCAAGGUUCUCACAAGUCUCUAUCACAAGAACUGCACUGCAGUCCCAAAGUUACUUGGUUAUGGUAACCGGGUGCAAGGUGUAAGAGACUACGUCCCUGGAGGUUAUAUCAAUUAUAUCGCGUGGACGCGGGUGGCCGGUGAGCCGAUUAACUCUGUUGCUUACUGGAAACGUGACCUCGCAUACCGGGAGGAGGUACGUUCCGUUUUCCGCGCUACUUAUAGGCAUAUUUCUGGAUUCCGUGAUCCCGAUACCUUGGAUCCUACACCAUUAUCCGAUGUGACAUACGCAAUUUGGAGAUUGGUGAGGCCAGCUCGCAGGGUGAACUGGAUGCGUGAUAGCUCUGACUGGUAA